AUGGGUGGUGGCUUACUCAUAAGCGUUGUCCUCCUGGGAAUGAUGUACCUGGAAGAGAGGAGACUUGUUCACCGGGACUUGGCAGCUCGUAAUGUCUUAGUGAAAUCACCAAACCAUGUGAAGAUCACUGACUUUGGGCUGGCCAGACUUUUGGAAGGGGAUGAAAAGGAGUAUAAUGCUGAUGGAGGGAAGAUGCCAAUUAAGUGGAUGGCUCUGGAGUGCAUACACUACAGGAAAUUUACCCAUCAGAGUGAUGUUUGGAGCUAUGGAGUCACUAUCUGGGAGCUUAUGACCUUUGGUGGGAAGCCAUAUGAUGGAAUCCCAACUCGAGAGAUCCCUGACCUCUUGGAGAAGGGGGAGCGGUUGCCCCAACCUCCAAUCUGCACUAUCGAUGUUUAUAUGGUGAUGGUGAAGUGCUGGAUGAUUGAUGCUGACAGUCGGCCAAAAUUCAAGGAGCUGGCUGCUGAAUUCUCUAGAAUGGCUCGAGACCCUCAGAGAUACCUAGUAAUUCAGGGAGAUGAUCGUAUGAAGCUCCCAAGCCCAAAUGACAGCAAGUUCUUCCAAAACCUUCUCGAUGAGGAAGACCUGGAAGAUAUGAUGGAUGCUGAAGAGUACCUUGUUCCUCAAGCUUUCAACAUCCCUCCUCCCAUCUACACCUCCAGGACAAGAAUUGAUUCCAACAGGAACCAGUUUGUGUAUAGAGAUGGUGGCUAUGCUGCAGAAGUGCCAAUGCCAUACAGAGCUCCUGGCUGCAUAAUACCAGAAGCCCCAGUUGCUCAAGGGGCCACAGCAGAGAUCUUUGAAGAUACUUGCUGUAAUGGCACGCUACGAAAGCAAGUGGCAACCCUGGCAAAAGAGGACAGCAGCACCCAGAGGUACAGUGCUGAUCCUACAGUCUUCAUACCUGAGCGGGUCGUCUGUGGAGAGCUGGAUGAGGAUGGGUACAUGACGCCAAUGCGAGACAAACCUAAAACAGAUUACCUAAACCCAGUGGAAGAGAACCCAUUUGUUUCCCGACGAAAGAACGGAGAUCUCCAAGCUGUGGACAACCCAGAGUAUCACAACGCUUCAAACGGGCAGCCCAAAGCGGAGGAUGAGUAUGUGAACGAGCCACUGUACCUCAACACUUUUGCAAACACCUUGGAAAACGCCGAGUACCUGAAGAACAAUUUGCCGGAGAAAGCCAAGAAGGCCUUUGACAACCCAGACUACUGGAACCACAGCCUGCCCCCACGAAGCACCCUCCAGCACCCAGACUACCUGCAAGAGUACAGCACAAAAUACUUUUACAAACAGAAUGGACGGAUCCGGCCCAUUGUGGCAGAGAAUCCUGAAUACCUCUCCGAGUUCUCCCUGAAGCCUGGCACUGUGCUGCCCCCGCCGCCCUACAGACACCGAAAUACAGUGGUGUAGAGACUGUGGUCUUACAGAAGUGGAAAGGCAACCCCUUCUAGCUGACUCACUCUUUCUCUCUUGCUCUCCUUUUCUCUCCCCUUCUUCCCUCCCUCCCUCCCAUGAGUUUCCUCUUGCCAGUUCACUCAUUUUUUAUAUUUCUAAGUGAAAGGAUGUCUUGGAGUUGUUUGCAGAUUCUGUUGGGAACCUGGAAGGAAGAAACGGAAAGAGACUGGAAGAAAGCGUGUACAACCUGGCAUUUCUCACUUUCCGCAGAUCCAGAGGAUCGGAUGGUCAGAGAAGCCAGACAGUACCAGUAAAGGCCAGUGGCAAUGUUGCCUGCUGUCUAGCUAGUUCUCAGUGAUUCAACCCAG